GCUGCUGUGUGUCCUGGCCCUCACUCGACCUCUGGCUUGUGGUGAGGAGGCCCCUUCCUGACUGCGGGGACUACUGCCAUGUCCCACCGGAAGUUCUCUGCCCCUCGACACGGGCACUUGGGCUUCCUGCCCCACAAGAGGAGUCGCCGGCACCGGGGCAAGGUGAAGACAUGGCCCCGGGACGACCCCAGCAAGCCCGUGCACCUCACCGCCUUCCUGGGCUACAAGGCAGGCAUGACACACACUCUGCGUGAGGUGCACCGGCCCGGCCUCAAGAUUUCCAAGCGGGAGGAGGUGGAGGCAGUGACAAUUGUGGAGACGCCGCCACUGGUGGUGGUGGGUGUGGUGGGCUAUGUAGCCACCCCACGAGGUCUGCGGAGCUUCAAGACCAUCUUUGCAGAACACCUCAGCGAUGAGUGCCGCCGCCGCUUCUACAAGGACUGGCACAAGAGCAAGAAAAAAGCUUUCACCAAGGCCUGCAAGAGGUGGCGGGACACUGCUGGCAAAAAGCAGCUCCAGAAAGACUUCGCUGCCAUGAAGAAGUACUGCAAGGUCAUUCGGGUCAUUGUCCACACCCAGAUGAAGCUGCUGCCCUUCCGGCAGAAGAAGGCCCACAUCAUGGAGAUCCAGCUCAAUGGUGGCACGGUGGCUGAGAAGGUGGCCUGGGCGCAGGCCCGGAUGGAGAAGCAGGUGCCGGUGCACACCGUGUUUAGCCAGAGCGAGGUGAUUGAUGUCAUCGCAGUCACCAAGGGCCGUGGUGUCAAAGGGGUCACUAGCCGCUGGCACACCAAGAAACUGCCUCGGAAGACACACAAGGGGCUGCGCAAGGUGGCCUGCAUCGGUGCCUGGCACCCAGCCCGCGUGGGCUGCUCCAUCGCCCGGGCUGGGCAGAAGGGUUACCAUCACCGCACGGAGCUCAACAAGAAGAUCUAUCGCAUCGGCCGGGGGCUGCACAUGGAGGAUGGGAAGGUGGUCAGGAACAAUGCAUCCACCAACUACGAUGUGACAGACAAGUCCAUCACUCCACUUGGUGGCUUCCCACACUAUGGGGAAGUCAACAAUGACUUCGUUAUGCUGAAGGGUUGCAUCGCAGGCACAAAGAAGCGGGUCAUCACGCUGAGGAAGUCUCUCCUGGUGCACCACAGCCGACAAGCACUGGAAAAUAUCGAGCUCAAGUUCAUUGACACCACCUCUAAGUUUGGCCAUGGACGCUUCCAGACAGCAGCAGAGAAGAGAGCCUUCAUGGGCCCCCAGAAGAAGCAUCUGGAGAAGGAGAAGCAGGAGACGGCGGGGGACCUCUAGGCUCAACCCCGCCUGCCCCUCCCCGGCCCUGCCCCGCCGGUCCCGAAAUAAAAUCCCGAGGCAGCA